UCACCAUUGCCACUGCUUUUACCCAAAUAAGCAUUCUGACACCAAUUCUUAUUUUUGCAGUACCGAAACUUUUUGGGAAUUUGGUUCCUAGGGACUCUUCCUCUGCUGACAAUUUCUUUUUCUCGUAAUCUCACUACAUUUCAGAAUGAACAUGAUGCUUAGGCCCCUGCUCAUCCAAAUUCAAAGCUACCUCAUGCAGCCACGUGUAUGGAGAUUAUUGGGUUCCGCAUCAGCGCUUAUUGGACUCAUAUCCUACGCUCUCAGCUCCUCCUUCUCCCAACUCUUUGGAGGUUGGACCUUAUUCAAAAUCUUUGCUUAUAGCAUCUUCAGUAUCAUCAUUUGUCUCAUGAUUUUGUUUGCAAAAUUAUGGCAACAACUGAAGGGCCUCAGCUCUGAAGCUCACAUGGCGUUCUUCGUUUUGACCAUCACCUCCGUCUAUUCCUACUUUUCUGAUAAAGAGAUGAAAGGGAAACCAGAUGCUUAUAGCGUAACAUCCUAUGCUGCUUUUGCCGUUACAUCGCUUAGCUUGCAAAGGCAGAGUGAGUCUCACUUUGGAUUUGAAGUUGAUUUGCUCUAUUUCUUCUUAGGAUGUGUGAUAGUACAAUUCAUGAAGAUAGAUUUGUGGUUAGGAUUUGUUGGAAUUGGUUUCAGUUAUUCCUUAAUAAUUCUUCGUUCGUCUUUAGAUGCACCGGCACAAAACCGGCAUCAAAGAUUCCAUGAUCAGGAGCAUCUUGUUGUUGAAGUGAGUAUGAAUCCAUUACAAGUCAACAAUAGUAUUAGUAUGCUUCAAGAGGCUCCACAGACGGGUCUAGAAGCGAAGCACCUGCCGAGUAUGGAGGAGCGUCUGUGGGCUGAUUUGGCUGUUGUGAACAUGCUUAAGUGCAAUUUGAACAAUUACCUUCAAGAUAAGGUUGAUCGGAUUCCGGAGGUCCUAGUGAGUGAUCAUAACUUCCUCAUUGAUGAGAUUCCAUCGCAAGUACUUAUUGACCUUCAUGUAAGCGUAGGUACGAUGAUUGUAACUGGGUUAGAGAAGGAGUGUGUGGACCAAUACUGCAGUUGGAGGAGAGAGUUCGUACAAUUGGCGGAGAAGGAGCUUUGGACGCAAGAAAUCGACGAGAAGAGGAGAAUUAAGAGUUGGAUUAAAGCUUCCAAUGUUUCUCUCAAGAUACUGUUUCCUAAUGAAAGAAGACUCUGUGAUCGCAUCUUCUUGGGGUUUCCAUAUCUUGCGGAUUUUUCUUUCGCGCAGAUUUGCAAUGAAUUCACCACUAAUCUGCUUGAUUUCGCCAAUGGUUUUGCUAAUGGUAGCCAUAUGCUGAAUCUUUUGCCCAGUGUCCUCCAAGUGUUCGGUUUAUUGCAUGAACUAAUUCCAGAAUUUGAGUCACUGUUUUUGGACCAAUUCAGUGUAUCGCUUAGGACCGAAGCAGCCACAACCGGAAGGAGACUAAGGGAAGCAAUCAACGGGAUGUUCAUGCAGCUUGAGAAGUUGAUAAAAUGUGAUACAUCGCAAGCAGCUUGUCCUGGAGGUAUUUGCCCUGUUACCGUUGAAGUGAUGAACCAUGUUAACGCUGUUGGAGAGUUUGGGUCUUCUUGGCUUUCUGCGGAGGUAACUAGAAUAAUUGCAAUGUUGGAAAGCCAUCUGGAAGCUAAGUCCAAACAUUACAGCAACCCUGCUUUGGGCUCUGUUUUCUUGAUAAAUAAUGGGAGGUACAUUGAAAAGAAGGCAAAACAGUACCAAUUGGAUAAGAUUUUGGGCAAUCAUUGGAUCCGACAAAGGACUGCUAAAGUCCGAGAAAACUGUGAACACUACAGAAGAAGCUCGUGGGAAGAGGUUUUAGGGUUUUUGAAACUUGGCAUGCCUAACGUUGAAGAAGCAGAGUCAAUGAAAAAGAAGCUCAAUCUGUUCAACUUGCGGUUUAAGGAGAUAUGGAUGGAUCAGAGUGCAUGGUUUAUCCAUGAUGAAGAGCUAAAGGAAGAGAUAAUAAUACCGCUGGGAAAGAUCAUGUCUCAUACCUAUGGAUUGUUCAUUUGGGGUUUCAAGAGCAUGCUUGGUAGGGAUGCUGACGAGUGUAUCAAGUAUUCAGUUUUAGACAUUGAUGACCUUCUGAAGAAUUUGUUUAGCUGGAGAGAUGAAUAACUAGCAGAAUUGCCUAUUAAAUCAAAAGUGUAAA